UUUUACUGGCUAAAAAACGCGGUAAAUUUUCAAAACGGUUUUGAAAUGUUACCGUAACUUGCUUUCAAUUCAGAAGACGCUGCCUUCCUUACAAACAUGAGGACUUUGUAGCAGUUAAUACGCUGAGAGUUCGGUGAUUAACGCCAGUUCGGAUUUCCUGUCACUAUUAGAGUUAAGGAUGUGUGUGAAGAAUUUUACACCAUCUGUCGUGGAUUAGUGUCUAACAAGAUAUAAGAGAAAAGUAAGACGCCGUAUAUCAAAUAUCUGUCUCUUGCGAAACGGGUGAUAAUUUGCAACGCAACUUACUCCUUCUGUGGAACCGUGUUAAGUGUUGCGGGAACAGUGUUGAAGUUAUCAGCGACCCCAUCUUCCUCACGCUGAUCUUUGACUUUUGAAAAGCGUGUAUUGACUUGUUCAAGCAGCAAAUAACUGCCAAGAGCAUCGCUAUGUGCUGUAUAAUGAUUUUGGCGGAUUCGUCCUCCAGCCAUAUAUCUUCAAACAUUCGGAUAUAGGAAUAGACGGAAGACCACUAUGAUGCAAAGUGUAUAAUUUUCGAAUUUUAUUGAAAAGGGAUUCGAUGUAUUGUGCAAGAAGAAAAUAUAGAAAGGUGUUGGUCUGGAUUUGUUUAGUGGCUGUUGGCCAAGCGAUCUUUUCAAUGUUUCUCUACGAGGAGUUCAAUUUCGCGCCAAUUAGGCACGGCUGGACAACAAGGACAUUUGCGAAUGAGAUCAAAACACGCCUCAGGCUUCAAAGUCAAGAUGUCGAGCAUACCGAAGAAAACCUGAAGUUUAUUGCUCGAGCAAAAUUGGAUCACUCUCGCAAAAAAGACGAGAGCGUUGAUUUCAAGAGAAGUGUAUUGAUAAAAUCAGCUGCAUUCCAACUGUCUGGAAACCGAAAGAAGCUUCAUCAUUCGCCGGGAGAGAUCAGACGAAGUAAUCAAGAUAAUGACUUAUCAGCGAGGAUAAGUGAUCAAGAAAGAAGGGGACAUAAAUUAAGCCAUCAUGACCUGAAACAUGCAAAUGAAAACAAUGCUGGUCACGAAUUUAGAACAGAGAGUCCAGAAAGGACAAAGAACACAGAGAUCAAAGAUGUAUUUAUAUCUGUCAAAACAACUGGAGAGUUUCACAAAACACGGGUUCAAAUUUUACUUGAUACAUGGAUCCAAAACGCAAAGAAUCAGGUAAAAUCUUUAUCUGUUUUUGAGGAUCAUUCCUUCCGUCUCGCAGUUAAGAAUUUUUUGAUGCCAGUAUUGAAAUCUGCUUUUCUACCACACUGUCAAUAUGAUAAGCUUACUAGUGUCACCCAUGGGGGAGAAUAUGACUGGUACGGUCAGUUAUGGAUUGUCUUUAGAAUAUGAUGAAGCUGCAAAUUCUCUUAUAGCAAUUCCAGUUUCCUCUUGAGACAGCAGGGGGGGUGGGGUUGAGGGCACUCCCUUAUUUGGUGUAAAUGGGCCGUGGUAUGUGCUUUUGGAGAGGGUAUGGUGGUUUUCAGGGUCUUGAGUCUAAUUUCACUAUUUAGCAUCUUGCAAAAAUCUGAAGCUUUUAAAAAGUGUGGAAUGUUGGCUUUUAGCAAUCUACAUUUGUGGUUCCAACAAUUCCCCCCCCUGAAAAAAAAAUCUAAUUACAUGAGGUUACGUAUUGCAUUAUUUUGUACUCAAAUUUCCCUUGAAAGCUUCCCCCCCCCCACUUCCCUUUGGGCUUACACAUGAUUUUUAAAUCAUUAAAAUUAAUUGCUAAUUACUGUUAUUUCUCAGAAAUAUGGCUCGCUAAAUUUACACAUCAGGUUCUGAUUUUGCUAAAAGUAGACAUGUAACCUUAGAAAGCUUACAUCUUGAGGAGUUUACCCAUUGGGAAGGAAUUUUUCUUACUAUCAAAAUCACCAGGAGCUGCUCUCCAAUAAGAGUCUGGAGAUGUGCUUCAAGAUGGAGUAGAAUGUUUUAACUGAAUUGACCCGAUGAAAUAGGUUUCCACUUUAACAAAGUGACUACAUGCAUGUACUAUAUCUUAUUUUUCAACGAAACCAGCUCUUUGGAAACAAAGAAAAAAUGCCUUGUUAAGCCAAAAUAGCUGAACUGCUGAAAAUAACUGCUAGGCAAACAAAGUAUUAAAUGACAAAAGAGAUUUGGCUUGGACAGUAAAUUUGGAUCAGUUUGCAAACAAGCAACCAAAGUGGUGUCUUUAACACUUUCUAUUGUGGUGUUGGUUCCUUGGAGGUCGUGGUCAGCUUUUGCUGUCCUAAUUAAGUUUCCUACCCUGGGCCAAGAACACAGUUGUUUAAAUUAAUAGAUUUUUUAUCUAUAAAGGAGACAGCCACAUACUUUUGGCCACUUGUCUGAUAAACUUUGUUCAAUUUGACCUUUUCAGUUCCACAAUAAGCUAUGGAACAAUACUGGUCUCUAAAACAUUUUAGUCCGUGGGUGAUUGCCCACGAUAUACAUGCAUGACAGCUAGAGUUACAUGAAUAGCAUUGUUUAUGUUUGCUUAUUAAACACAUUUUUUUCUCAGCAUUUUAUUUUUGCUUAAAUAUUAAGUGGUGAAAUGGUUAAUUUUAUAGGUUGAGAGGAAUAAUUGGGAUUAAAUUGUACUUUAAAAGGGCUCAAUUUGCCCAAGAUGGGAACAUUAAUUUUGAUGUUAUAUGAUUACCUAUUAGGACUUAUUUUACAGUACUCUACUUUUCACAUGUGUAUACUGUGGCCACUUCCAUAUUAAGGAUUAUUUUUCUUGCAAAUAUUUUGAUAUCGAUUGAAGGAAAAAUGGAAACACUGAAAACAGGUCAACUAAAGUUGCUUUUGUGGCUAUUGUAGGUUUAUUUAUUUACAGAUCAAGAUGAUGCCAAGGUCAAUAAAAGUCUUGGUAAGAAUUAGGAAUUAAGCAAUGCUAAAAACAGACAUAUUAUUUUGAGUUAAUCUUACUUAUAAUAUUAUUAUUGAGAUUCAUAUUAUUAUUAUCUUACCUGAAAGUUGUUGUGAAUUCUCAUUCAUGUUACCUGUUCAGGUAAUAACGGCCACUACCCAUCUCUGAUGACCAUGCAAACACCAUUUUUCCUGCACAUUUAGGACAUCUUUAUGAAAAGAUCGGAUAGGUUUUGAUUGGAUAUGAUCUGACCUUAGCAUAUUGCAAGAGAUACCAUAAAAUCCCAAAAAUAAGCCCCUCCAAAUAUAAGCCCCCCUCACUCGUAACGCAAAAAACCCUCCUUUAAAUCCCCUCUCCAAAUAUAAGCCCCCCCCCCCCCGGGGGCUUGUACUUGGAAAUUGCCCUCAAAUACAAAGUAAAACAAAGCAAAACAGUGAAUUUCGUUCCAACUAUAAGGCUAGCCCAAUCGAUGUUGAAAUGCAAAUUUCCCUCAAUAGAUAGGCCCCUCCGAAUAUAAGCCCCUCCAAAAAUAAGCCUGUCAGAAAGGGCCUUUGAAGAAUAUAAGCCCAGGGGCUUAUUUUCAGAGUUUUACAGUAAGACACUCACAGGCAGUAUAUGUACUUCAGUUUUAAGAUGUUUAGUAACUGUGUGACAAUAAAAGUAUAUUGUUUGACUUGUCAGUGCACUGAUGAAUUACUCAUCGUUUUUAGGUGGCCAUCUUGUAAAUACCCUGUGUGAAGCUGGACACCAGAGGUAACAUAUACACCUGUAGCAGUUCAUGUCAAUUAUUACGUGUACGCGUUGCGGACCUAUAAUACGCAACUGUUUUUUUAAACUAAAUUUUGUUUUGCAAGAGAUACUGCUGUCUAAAUUUCUUUCUUGUUGAAAAGGGACAUAAGACGUUUGCUUAGUUGGAUAAAGAAUAGCUAGGAAAAACUGCAGUUAUGUGAAGAUUUAAUUUAGCAGCAGAAAAGGGUUUGGUUUGCUUUUUUUUAAGUCUUGUUUUCUUUUCUCCUAAUACUUGGCUUUUUGUUAAUACUACUGUAAAUCUAGGACAAGACUGUGCUGUAAGAUGCAGGCUGAGCUAGACUUCUUUGUGCAACUAAAGAAGAAGACAAAGUAAGUAUUUUUGCACCUUAAACAUUCCUACUCCAAGAUCAUAAGCUAUGAAAACAAGAAAAUCAGUCUGGUGAGGAAUUCCAACGGUGUAAAACCUCUUGAGCAGUACUUUUACAUCCUACUAUUAUCGAUGGUGUAUAAACAUGUUCUUAAAGUUAAAUUAGUGGAUCCUAUAGGGUGACUAGCCUUCAUUAGCAUUUCCUUGUGGUAGUCUUUUUUUUUUCAGGAUUACACAAAAUGAAAUUUGGAUUGCAUUUUUCUUCAUUUUCUAUGAUUGGCUACUUCUAGAACUUAAAACCUUUUGUUGUAGUUUUCUGUAUCACUGUAAAAUUGGACACCCGUAAUGUGGAAAAAGCAAUCACCUUGAGCAGUGAAUGAUGAAUUUUCAGGAAGUUUCACAUACCAAGACAAUGGGCUGAAUUUUAAUCUCACAGGAUAUAUAACUGACUAACUCAGUUGACGGUUAAGUACUAGAGUUAAAUUGAGCAAGUUUUUGAUUAAUAUUUUAAUCAUAUUUUCCGUUGGUAUAUCCCGAAAAAGCCAGUUCGUUGUUAGAAUAAAAGACAUUGCACUUAACGUUGUCUUUGUGAUUUUUUUUCCUCUUUCUGCCAGAUGGUUUUGCCAUUUUGAUGAUGACAAUUAUGUCAACGUGCCAGCGCUUUUAAAUACGCUGAAAAAUUUUAAUCCUGAAGAUGAUGUUUACCUUGGCAAACCAAGCCUGAUACGAGAAAUGGAGGUAAAACUGCAUGUUUGCGGCUAUUAAUGAAAAUUCCUAACUAUCGCUUUGGGUAUUUAUUGCCUUACGUUUGUCUGUCGUUUUGUUCCCCCCUUAUUUUUGUUCGCGGAUUUAACCUCGGUUAUAUUAGGCCAGACUUGGAUGAUCAGGGGUACCCAACGACAAUUUUUGGAAAAUAUCUGUUUGGAAGACGAUUUGAGAUCUAGAAUUUUCGGAACAUUUGUUCUAAAAUUUCUUGCUUGCCUGCCCCUCCUUGGAUUUUCGGACAUCUAAAAAAUGGUAUAAUUGCCUUUUCUUAACGGAUUUUUACCCUAAAAAGGUCACCUAGAAUUUUCGGGAGCAUUUUUCGGGCUGAAAUUUUCGAAAAGGUAAGUUUUGACGCCUAUAAUUUUCGGAUAACUACACUUUCAGCUAGGAAAUCCGAACGGAUUUAAAUUUUUAGGGGGUAAAAAUAUGCCUAUAUCUACCGUUUAAAUACUAAAAUACGUUCAACAAUGUUAUGUUUAAGUGGUUUUGAACUAUAUUCUCGUUGGGUGCCCCUGAAUGAUCAUUUCGCUAUCCGCGCGCGCCUCGAUACUGCCCACAGACUUGGAGUGGAACCUUUAAAUAACGAACCUCUUUCACCCCGACAGUAAAAAAAUGAUACUCAUCACCCCAGUUACAGUAAAAUGUAAGGGACCCAGAAAGAGACCCCGAGGCCGUUAUAGUGUAUCUUCUUUUUAACGAUAAGGGCGAACACGUUUUCUCAUUCCCUUUGCACUUCGUUAAACCGGGAUCCACUCGGCAAUGCACAUGUUUUGUAAUCUGUUGCACUCUUUAAGUUUCGUUACCAAUUAGUUUAACCUUGACUGUAAAAUAAUUUGAGAUGAUUUGUGAUACAUCUCUCGAGGGUUUAUUUUGCUAGACUUCAAAAAUGAACUGACCCAAACACAAAGUGAAAUCAAAUCUGUCCAAGCACAGCGUACUAUCCUAUUACACUAUUCUUUUUCAUGCUGAAAACAGGGAUGUAGUAGCCAAUCAGAUUAGGGAAUUUUUCUUACAGUUAUCAUUAAUAGCAUGCAGCCACCCCCCCCCCCCCCCCCCCCCCCCCCUUUCCCCCCCCAAUCUUCCUAUUCAACCCCCCCACAAACCCCCUCCUCCGCGGGGGGGUGGGCCGGUUUUUUUCUUUUUCACCCGUCCUUUUUUUUUUUCAAAAGAGGGCAGCGCGCCGCCAACGCUAGGGGUCUUUUUUUGUUUACUGUUUAUAAAUAUCCUGCCCCCCCCCUCUCUCCCAAAAGGGAAACAAAACCGUCCCAACACAUCGUACUUGCCUUUUUCAACUUUUUUUUUUCUGGGGAAAACAGGGGAGUAGUAGCGCAUCAAAAUAGGGAAUUUUUUUUACAGUUUUUAUUAAAAGCAUGCCGCCCCCCCCCCCCCCCCCCCCCCCAACACUUUCGCCUGCAUGAUUCUCAUUACAACUCGCUAACAACUACUCUCCUUGCGCGGCGUGAUGACGUUUUAUAUCCUAUUACACGGUCCUAUUUUAUUCUGAAAACAGGGCUGCAGUAGCCAAUCAGAUUAGGGAAUUUUGUUUUAGCUAUGAUGAAUGACAUACGGUCCCCCACUUUCGUCUCCAUGACUCUCAUUACUUUUCGCUAACAAUAAUAAAUUGACGCUUGAGCGCGCACUUACAACAUUUUCGCGACCAUUGGCCUUUAAAAUACUCAUCUGCUGGUCCUAAAUGUUUUCUUCAGGUCAUUUCACAACUAAACGGAAGAUGUAUUUUUUCAGGCCCCAGGAAUGAUAGAAUUAUAAUUUGUUUUACAAAUUUUUUGAUACUCUGGUUUUCAUUUUCAUUUUUGUAUCUUUUUUUUUGCAGGCCUGGGACAGAUUAGAUGGAAAUAAGGUGCGAACAAAGUGUUUUAUGACCCCUUCUUUAGACUAAGAGUUUGAGCUAACAAAACAAGUGAAUCCCAGUUCAUGUGUCGUGCCCCUGCCGUGCCGAACGUAAUUCUUGGAUUAGUUCGACAAAAGCACGGCAGAACUACGACGCCUGAAUCGACGUCUGAAUUGAAGUCGUGCUUUUGUUGAACCCAAUUACAAUUCAGUUUGUCACGGCAGAAGCGCGACGUAUGAACUGGGCCUGACAGUGUUAAGUAUCGCAUCACGAGAUCCCCUCUUGAUGAGGGUCCCAGUGGGUUAACCGUCAGCCGUCAACCGUCGACCGUCAAAAGUGCAGAGUAGUAUUAAACCUCAAAACGUUUCAGGGUAUUUAAAGUCUCAUUAUUUCAGCUGAUUUUUGCGGACUUCUGACUUCUGAUGUCCUGAAGAAUCUCUAAACUGGAAAAACCAGUUCUCAUGCUCUCAAAAACACUCUCUCUAGAAAUUACAAGACCUUUCAACUUGCUUAUAUCAAAGUUUUAUGUGUGAAAGGCCAAGACAACAAGUAAUAUUAAUUUAUACUGAGUUAUAUGUUUAAUGUAACUCUGGACGACAUUUCCUCUAAAUAACCGUCAACCGUCAAAAGCUUUAAAAUUUGACCGUCAACCGUCAAAAUUUGAAGAUCGUCCCUGAUGGCAUCCUAGUGGAACACGCGAGAUGGCGUCAAAAAGUUUGCCUUUCUGGUAGCCUGAGAAUCGACAUUUAGCGAUGCCACCACUGAUUUCCCCGUAAAAUAACGUUUGAGCAAAGGCUGCAUAAAUUCCACACUGAUGACGCGUCACUACCCAAAUCUGCCCUGGGUAGUGCUUCUUCGGUCGGAUCGCGAGAGAAAUGUGCUUCAACCAAUCAGAAGCAUUGCAAAGAUCUGGGUAGUGAUCGUCAUCAGUAUUGAAUUUUUGAGCUCGUACCUCAGACGUCAUUUCGCGGGGAAACCAGUGGUAGCGUCGCGAAAUGUUGGCUGUUUUCUCAGGCGACCUUUUUGUGCGCCUCUUUUGUGCGCAAAUCAAACAACUGGCUUGACCAAUGGGGCACCGGAAGUCGCGAUUAGUCCUUUCCGCGCGCUUUCCCGUCGCCAACUGACGUUCCCGUUCUGUUACUAAAUAAGCCUACGGACACAGUAAAGAGAAUAAACUUUUCUAUCAUACAGUGUACAAGUAUGAUUCGUUUGUGACAAGUGAAGGUGGCAACACCGUGAUUCGCUUGGAGUCAGUUCUUGUCAACUGCGAUCAACACUUGAUGCAAUGCUGUUGAAAUAAUUGAGAUGGUCGUUAUAAAUAUGUUACCGUCUUAAUUUCCUUUUCCUGUUUUGAUUUCAGCAAAAGAAGUUUUGGUUCGCCACAGGGGGAGCAGGUUUCUGUUUAAGUCGUGCUCUUGUCAACAAAAUGAGGCCUUACAUAAGGUACUGCAGUUGUAAUCAUCUCAGAAGUGUUCACUUCAUGAUGUUAUUUGAUUGGGUGUGACAGCAGUCAGAAUGGAGCAAAUCUUUUGACGUGACUGACUACUUACGAGACAGAAGGAAAUUAUCUCUCCUGCAUUUUGUUUCCACGUUUUAAUUUUUUUUGGAAGUCAGAUCACUAAUCUUUUCGUUCGCAAUUUUAAGCAAACUUCUUUUUUUCUGUCAGUGAGACACUUUGGUGUUUUUUUGCCUACAAAGGCUGUUUUUCUAGCCGGUAUCGGUAUCGAGAAUGGCUGAUGUUUGACUCUACAGAUAAAAUGCCCGAAAGCCGCUCAAAAGACACGUGAAUAAAAGAGAGAACUUAUUUUGUUGAUCGGAUUUUGUCUUCUUUUUUUAGUGAUGGUAAAUUCAUAGAAAGCUGUGAACGGAUUAAACUACCCGAUGACUGCACCGUGGGGUUCAUAAGUGGUAAGUUUAUCGAUGCAGUGACGUUCGAUUCACCUGCUUCUUUCCUACAAAUGCUUACAAAGAAACCUAUGAUACGCGGCUAAAUAGAAUUCAGUUCGACUCUGUUGGCGCCCUUUUUGCACUCAUCCAUGUAUUUACCAUCUAUUUUUAUGCAAAUAACGUUGUUAUCAAUUAGAGGAAAUAACGCCAAAAAUCUUGCGCGGUUACGAGACGAAGAUUACAGGUGAGUGUUUUCGGGAAUUGCCAAGAAGGUUUUCAGGGAACACCGACGCAUUCUUAAGCGGUUACGCGCAUAGUGAGAUGUGUCAGUACUGUUUGUUGGGAGGCGAGGUGAUACAGAGUUACAGUCAAACCUCCUCACUGACUGAAAAUUAAGUGUCGGUAUUAUAAUAAAAGGUGAAUACUGUAUGAAACUGGGAAUUGUUAGGACCAAGAGAACUGUCUGUAACAGAGUGGUGUACGUUGGUGAGGUUCGACUGCAGUACCAGUUAGAUGAAUAGAGCUGAAUAGGCAUGGGCGAAAAAACAUUCUCGGUACGGAAUUCGUUAUUUCAUCCUUACCGAAUUUCUUAUUCCUUGUUUAAUUGCGAGUCUUGCUGAACUAUAGCCUGAGAAAAGAGCCGACAUUUCGCGACCUCACCCUUGGUUUCCCCAUACUGACUGACGUGUUUCUACCCAGAUCUGUGUAGUGCUUUUGAUUAGUUGAAGGAAAUUUCCCUCACGCCACGGCCAAUCAGAAGCACUGAGAUCUUAGUAGUGACGCGUCAUCAGUAUGGAAUUUUCAUUUCGCGGGAAAACCAGUGGUGACGUCACGAAAUGUUUAGCCUGCGUAACAAGCGUUUCCGUGCGGUUUCGGAACAAAACCGAAAAUCCCGUUCCUCGGUCUUCCUUUGCCCCGAAACCAAACGGAAACGCUUGCUACGCAGGCCACAAAAUGUUUGGCUGUUUCCUCAGGCUAGCUAAACUACUCUGUCACAGCUAGUUCUAUAGUUUUUAUGAGCUUCUUUCAUUUUGAGACAUAAUGCAGCAUUUUUUGAUCUUGCUACUUUGCAGAAGUCCUUGUUAAAGCAAAAUUGAAGAGAUCAGAGCUUUUCCACUCACACUUGGAAAGUCUUCCCUUCUUACCACAAAGUGAAUUCAGUAAACAGGUGGGAUGUUUAUAUAAAAUUCAUUGUUAGAAAGGCAAAUCCUCGAUCGUGGACACUGAGUGAAAAACUUAAGAAAGCCUAAGAAAACAUCAGUAGCCUGGUUUGCUACGAGAGCUUUGGCCAGUUCAGGAUUGUCAUAUUAUGAUAGGCCAUUUCCGAGUUCCAAAAACCCUCACUUUCAAAACGAGGCUAAGUGCAAAACCUUUCUUGCUUUAAUGAGUGUCAUUUGAAUGAGAAUAUAAAUCAUCUUUACAUCAAUGGCUUCGAACUUAGCCUCGCUUUGAAACAGAGGCUUGUGGCAACUCGGAAAUGGGCUAUUGAUUUUUAUAAAUAGACAUUUUUAACCAACUGAGUUGAUAAAAUGGAAUGCACCUCGUUCAGCGAUCGAAAAGCUGACGUCACCAACGUUAACUCGGGUUAACUUAAAAGCAAGCACUUUGUCCAAUUAUCUUUACUCUUUGUAAGGUUACUAAAUUGCGCGUGUUUUUCUUUCUUUAACUGUCAACAGAUCACCUUCAGCCAUGGGUUCAUGGGUGGCAGUUACAAUCGCAUCAGUAUUGAUGGACCUUUUAACGUUGUCGAUGAUCCAAGUCGGUACGUAGUGGCUUCGUCGUUCCCUUGAUUAGACGCGUGCCAAACUUUUGCGGUAGGGCAUUAUCGACAGUCGUCAAAAAGGCGGCGGCCUCCUUUUUCUUUUUCGUGUUUUAACCUUCUGAUGAAAUCUCUUCUAUGUUUUGGCAACGACUCACCGGGCACCAGGGUGGUUGAACUAAAGUAACUUAUUAAUCGCAAAAGUCUCAGACUGUGAAAUAAGCCAACCAUUUCACGAAGUAUAUAAGACACGAAGCGCGUGUAUAGCAGUAAUUCUAUGUCUCGAUGCUGAUGUGUAAGUAAAAGUCGUUUUGGGAAAUCUUUGCAUUGACGGACUUCCAAGAAGGAAAGGUAAUUAUUCUUUAGAAGCAAGAUUCAAAUUCCUGCUUUGUGGGGAUCCUGUGGCUUAAGAGUGGGCUUAGAUCCAACCUCGUCCCCAGAGCUUUUCCCUUAGAAAAUGGUAGGGACAGGAAAGUCCUGGGACGAGGUUAGCUUACACAUCACUUGAUACGCUUGAACGGCUCCCAUUUAAUUCAAAUCAGCUCUAGAAUUGUGACUCAGCGGCUUACAGCUGCUCGUACACAGGGCGCCAACCUAAAGUGGCGGAUUUCUAAGAGCGGUUCCUAGAUCGUGCCUUUUUUGCUCGUAUCUCCCUUUUAGCUAUGUUUGUUAUCAGUAUCGUUCUUCAUAAAGGAGAUCCCUGCCGUAAUAGUUUUUCCUAGUAAAAUGUGCACAGCUGUAUAACUGUUUUGUUUUCUUCCACAGGUUCAAAUCUGUUCACUGCUUCCUUAACCAUGAAACAUCCUGGUGCCCGAAAUCCGAGAAUAAGGAUAAAACUGGGGACGAUGAUAAACUCAAGACUUACAGAUGA